GGAAAAGCGGGACUGCGGGGCGGGAGAAGCUCGGAGUGCGUGGGAGCAGAGCCCGCGCUGGUCCUUGCUGGCUCCUCGGCGAGCUGCAGCCGAAUGGUGGGAGCCGGGCGGACGGACGGACGGACGGAGGGACGGGCGGGCGUAGCUGCGGGGGGCGGGGAGCGCCGGGACCCGCUCCCGCAGCCGGGACUGGGGCCGGGGCUCUCCCGGGGCCAGCCGGGGUCACCGCCCCGCCGCCCGCGGGGGAUGCCCGAGCCGCGGGGAAGCGGUGGCCGAGCAGCGGUGCCGCCAGGGCGGGAUUUGUAGCGGCAGAGGCGAUUCGGGCGCGUUCCCAAGAUAAAUCUGCCUACGUCUGCAUUUACGGCGCGGCAUUUCCCGCCGCCGGAGACACCGCGCAAACGCAAAUCUGGGGUGACGGGGCACCGCUGACAUCAAGGCUGGUCUGGCCCGGCUCCAGCGUGCCCGUCCCCAGCCCGCUCCGUGGGGUUUUGAAACAGGCGGCGAUGGCGAGCAACGCGCAAAAAUCCGAUGAGAGUGCGAGCAAACGUCAAAGGAUGGAGAAUGAAGCUUCAGAAAAUCCUCAGUUGUCCUUCCUUGACAAAACAGAUUUGGCUCUUUCUGAGGACUCGCGGUCCCUUUGCAACACUGAACCGCUGGAAAAGGUUUUAAAUGCAGAGAUGAACAAAGAAAUCAUGACCUUGUUAUCAAAAUAUGCUAACAUCAUAAGGCAAGCAGGAGAGAUGGAGACUUCUUAUGUCCAAGAACUGGAUGGAAUCUUAACAGAAGCGAGGGACAUAGAAGACGAGUUAAACCAGAAAAGGGAGAGUCUGAAACAGAGAUUCACUGUCAUGGCAAACGCUCUGCAAGGAUAAAUGGAGCUUGUUCAUCUGCAGAAGUGCAGGGCCAAACUCAGUACGUUCUGUGUAUUCAAACAAACUGUGAUGAGUGUUAUGGUGUCUGGGUCUUGGGUAAAUAUUUACAGCACUCCAGAAAACUUUCAACAACUUAAGCAGCGACUUACACAUAGUUAGUAAAAAUCUGUUCUAAAUACCUGAUUUAAAUCCUGUGACUCCAAGGUUUUCAAACACUAAAAUAUAAGGAUUUUACUUGUUAACCCAUUGAACAUAGUACAGUAAUUUUUCUAUGAAACAUAGAAUUUUGUAAGUGGAAAAGGACCUCAGAUUAUUUAAUACUAACCAUUUUCUGGGUUUGUUUUAGUUUUUGGGUUUUUUUCUUUCUACUUUAGAAAAUGUUUUGGUGCUAAAGUCUUUGUAGAAUGUACUUGGCAAUCUUAUUUCAAUUUUUUCUCAGAAUACAAAUAGGUUGAAGAGAUCAGCUUAGAAAUAGGAGAGUUCUGUUAAGGAAAAUACUUUGGGAAAUGUAUAAAGUCUUAAUUUGAAAACGCAUUUAAUACUUGUACAGCUUUUCAAGGCCAUUUUGUUAUAAACAUUAAAGCACACAGUCAAAACUUUGCUGUGAUGUCAAUAAAUAACUAAGCAAUAAUAAUGUGGUCUAAAAUGCUCUUUUGUUUUGGGUACAUGAGUAUUGUUUGCUGUAUAUCCACUUUAUUUAAGGACAAUCAUGGAGUUUUUCGAGCCCUUUUUCUCCCUUG